AUGAAACGAUGUCGAAGAUGGGUUGGCAAACUAAGGCAACCUAUUACCAAACAUGAUAAGCUCGCACUAUGUUCCACUUCGUCCUUAAGGUCAAACAAUAUCCCAACAAUUUUGAGUGAAAUCUGGUAUUUUGGCAUGUUCCGAUUUGUCACCUCUUCUUCCAAUCCCAACAUCAAGAGUCCUCUUCGUCGGUAUUUGACAGGUUCUCCUUCCAAGAGGGCUCCGAAUCACCAAUAUAGAGCAGUACAAUGGACCAAGCUAGAAGCUGAAACCAAAGAAAUGCUGAAAAAGAUUGAGUUGUCAUUGAGACAAGACGGGAUUCAUUCCACCAAGACUUCUUCCAGGAUAAAGGAUGCUGUGACAAGUCAAGAUACAUUCAGACUGGUGGGACAGUGGUCUCAACUAGCAUCUAUAUCUCCCAAGAACAAAAAUGCAGCUAUUCGAUGUCAAGAAGUUCUCGAGAUAUUGGAAUACAAGUGCAAGGAUACGACACUCGAACCGAAUCGACACUACUAUGACUUACUUCUUCAAGCACUCUGUCACACGGGACAAGUGCAAGUUGCCCAUGAAAUAUUAUUGAAGCAUAGCAAAGACGGUAUCGAAACGAAGGAAAUGAGUGGGCGUCUUGCGAAGGUCUCGGCCAAAAGCUUUCAUAUUGUCAUGAAUGGAUGGAUCGCCGAUCAGCCCAAGCCGAGGCGAAACUCCAGCCGACAGUAUCAACAGGAAGUUCUGCAACAAGUUCAAGAGCUGUAUCAAAGCCUUGAAUCACUGUAUCAUUCGACCGGGGAACGAGAUCAAGAACUGAGACCCAACGAAAGAACUUUGACGGCUUUACUGGUCUCGUGGGCCCAAAGUGAACGAAAGGAUGCCCCAAACAAGAUUGUUCAACUCUUGCGUCAAGCAUCAGAGCAAGGUCAAAAGGUCGAUCUAGUACUAUUCCAUGCGCUGUUGCAGUCUUUAACAAAAGCAACGGCUCCCAAAAGUCGUUCGGCGAAUCGUGAAGCUUUCCGUCAAUCUGCUGAAUUUUGCGAACAUCUCCUACACAUGGCAAUUUCACAGUUUGGUUUGACCCUUACUGCCCAAAGCUACAGCCUAGUCAUUAACGCUUGGGCACAUUGCGAGGCCAUGGAACAAAAGGGCCAGGCUGCAGAACGAGCUGAGAAGCUACUUCGUCUCAUGAUGCACUCCUAUUCCACGGACGGGGCCAAUGUGAAACCAAAUACUCUUACCUUUACCACUUGCAUGGCUGCGUGGUCUCGGUGCAAUCGGCCCGAAAGGGCACAUGCACUGUUGGAGGAAUUGAUGGAACUUUACGAUCAAACAGGAGAUCUCGAUUUGAAGCCGGACACGGUCUCCGGCAAUGCGGUGGUAUUAGCUUGGUCACGGUCUAACACUUCAAGUGCAGUGACGAAGACCAAAGAGGCCUUGGAGAAUCUCCAAACCUUUGCUACUGCCGAUUUGAUCAGCUACAAUGCUUUACUGCAUGCCUACGCCCGCAGCGGUAUGUAUCGAGAAGCUCUGACGUUGGUCGAAGAACUCGAAGAGAACGGCAUCAGCACACAAAACUCGAGACUCUUGCCUGACGUUGUUUCGUACAAUUGCGUUUUGCAUGCACUUGUUCGAAUCAAGAGGGAAGAAGCCAAAGCCGCUUUGGAGCUUGGAAUCGGAUUGGAAGCGCAAAAGCUUGUGGAGAAAAUGAAAGCGCUGGCCAACAAGAAGAAUCGAGCUCAAGUGGCCCCUACCGCUGCCACCUAUACUUUGUUGCUACAGGCCUACGCGAAGAAAGGGAAUAGCACGUUUGAAUACGACAAUACAUUAUCCGAAGCAGCAUCCUUGGGAGGUAUUCAUAUGAUUUUGGAAGAUUUGGGUCUAUCGCUUUCUUCUACAAACCGUAAGAGAAAGCAUAAUGCAACGACAAGAUUGGAUGCCAUGUUCUUUUCGGCACUCCUACAAGCGUGCUCAUCAUUUCACCAAGUACGCUAUCAUCAUAACGAAGCCUCCACAUUGGCCUUUGAAGUCAUGGUUAGAGUUUUGGAGGCUUUCUCAGGUGGCCAUGGACAGUUGCGACCCAUCACAUCUCGUUUGCCCACAUUGUCGAUUCCUCAAUUCCCAGCCUUUCGUAUUCAUGAUGACUGGCUCUUCGUGGUGAUGGUGGAAACAUGCGACAGAGUCAUUGGAGCUUCAGUGAACAAUUUGGGACCCCCAUUAGAACUGGUUGACGACGCUACUACUGCAAACCCGGAUGCAACUGAUUUGGGACAUUCAUCACGACCAGUCAUUAUUAGUGGUCCAAAACUGGAAGAUUGGACGGCAUUAAUUGUUGCCAUUGUCAAUCGUGUUGAGAAGGAAGGUUACUUGUCACGUCGCGUUGUCGCACGUUUGCAAGGCUUGUCCAAGACCUUGGCUCGGUCCAAACACGAUUCCCAUUGCAAACCAAGACAGAUUGAGGAAUGGUUGUUUCCAGACGCAAAGAAUGACAAUUCUGUGUCUGGUUCCCAGUCCAAUGAGCAUGAUGACGGAAACUCGAGAAGGGAAUGGCCACGUGAAUGGAGUCGUCGCAUCCCUUCAAAUCACCGACCUUGA